AUGGUUGAAUUAAUUUCUUCAUCAUAUGGUAAAGCAAAUGUUAAAUUUCUCAAAGUUAAAAAAGAUCCAUCAAAUCCAUUAAUUCAAGAUGUUUUGGAAGCAAAUGUUCAAGUUUUAUUAAAAGGUAAAUUUGAUGAAUCAUAUACUAAAGCUGAUAAUUCAUCUAUUGUUCCUACUGAUACUGUUAAAAAUACUAUAUUAGUAGAAGCUAAAAAUAAUAACGUUUGGCCUAUUGAAUCAUUUGCUGCUCAUUUAGCAAAACAUUUCACUUCAAAAUAUUCACAAGUUGAAGGUAUUGAAAUUACUAUAAUUCAAGCAUUAUGGAACAAGAUUAAAUUGAAUGGUAAAUCACAUGAACAUUCAUUUAAACAUGAAGGACCAGAAACUAGAAGAACACAAUUAACAUAUGACAAAUUAUCUAAAAAAUUGUCAUUAGUAUCAUCAAUUAAAGAUUUAACAGUUUUAAAAAGUACUGGGUCUAUGUUUUAUGGUUAUAAUGUUUGUGAUUAUACUACUUUACAACCUACUAAGGAUCGUAUCUUAUCUACAGAUGUUGAUGCUUCUUGGUCAUAUAAAGUUUCAAAUUUAGAUGAAAUUAUUUCAAAUGGAGCACUUUUUGAUAAAACUUAUAAAUCAGCAAGAGAUAUUACAUUAGAAUUAUUUUGUAAAGAAAAUUCUCCAUCUGUUCAAGCUACAAUGUACAAUAUGGGUGAAAAGAUUAUUGAUGAAAAUAAAGAAGUUGAAAAUGUUACUUAUAUUUUACCAAAUAAGCAUUAUAUUUUAUUUAAUUUCGAAUGGAAAGGUAUUAAAGAUAAUAAAGAAUUGUUUUAUCCAUCACCAGAUCCAAAUGGUUUAAUUAAAUGUACAAUUGGUAGAGAAAAGGCCAAAUUAUAA